CAUGCUGGGUUGCUUUAAGGAGACAGGAAUUCCAUAUUUGCCCAUAUUGCUUUACUGCCUUUCAGUCAGUCAGUUUGCCAAACCCAAGAAUAUUGUGAGUAGUUUGAUGUAGUUGGAGGAGGUGGAAAAGGUGAGUGUGGACCAUCAAGCAGUCAGGUGCUUUAAAUUUUUGAUUGGACCGUUUCUGAACUCACAGCGGUUGAAAUAUUUUCCUACAGAGAAAAGAGUUUGGAGGAUCCAAACGUCAUCACUUCUCCAUCAUGGACCUCCAAGAAGGAACUCAGGGACUCGCUGGUGGAUAUGUACACAGAUCAGGAAGCAGCCUGAGCCUGGACCGCAGCUCACCUCAGGAGGUACCAGUCUGCUGCUCUCCUAGUCCUGACAGGUCCCCUGCCUGGAGGACUGCCUCUCCUGUGUCUCCUCUGUCCAUCAGGAGCACCUCAGCUGCACUGUCUUUAAGCUUACCAGGGGGCAGAGGGGAGAUGGAGGCAGACAACCUGCAGAGCGGUGAUCCUUUACCUUGGGCAGAGAGCUCAGAGAACUGCUUAGAUGAAGAAGCAGCAUUAAGAGGUCCAAAGAGUCCAGUCUUGGAAAGAAACCUGGAGCCUCCUGGAAACAGCUCUCCUCAGAUCUCUGCCUCCAGCCCACAUCAGACUGCGGCUCCAACCCGAAACAUCUCCUUCUUACUGAAGGAGCUGGACGCCAUGAGGGAACUCAACAACAAGCUUCAAGAACAGAUGGUUCAGAAGGAGAAGGAGCUGCUGCAGAGAGAGGUGGACGAAGAGCUGAAGGAGCAGCAGCGAGAGGCCCGACACUGGGAGAGACCCAUGGAGGUACUGGAGGAGCUGUUGGCGGCUCAAAAGGACCGAGAUCAGGCUCUGAUGUCACGACUACUGCUGGCCAAUGAGGAGAGAGAUGAAGCUUUACUCCGCGCCCGCCGGCUGCAGGAGGCUGCUGGGUCGGAUGACAACAGCCUGCAGGACGUUGACAUGGACAUCAAAGAUCUCCUCCAGCAUGUCUGCGAAGCCGACUCGGUCCAGGAAGUGAAGCAGUUUGGCUCAGCUCUAGUUCAGCGCAUACGGCUAGCACAGCAGCGAAGGAGUGACAUCACUGCUCAGGAGAUGAAGGCCGUGAUGGAGGAGCGAGACAAAUCUGUAGACAAGUGUAAAUGGCUGAAGGAAGACCUGCUUCAGAGGGACAAGUCAUUCAGCCAGGAGGAGCUGCUGAGGCUGCAGAAGGAGAGAGACGCAGCUCUGGACGACAAACAGAGGCUCCAGGCUCAGAUUCAGGCAUUACAAGCCAAUCACAGCUCUCAGGACCACGCCACUCCAUCCCAGACAUCACUUCCUACUGAGUCUUCGGCAGACCAGAAGGACUUGUCCUCGCAGGUCCAGUCUCUGGUGGUGCAGCUUCAGCAGCUGUCCAGGGAGAAGGAGGACACUGCGGCUGAGCUCCAGCGCAGCCAGGCGGCCGAGCAGGAAGCCAGUGAGAGAGUUUGCAGGUUGGAGCGUUUGGUGGAAGUGUUGAGGAAGAAAGUCGGAGCAGGAAGUCUGCGUUCUGUCAUCUGAUUCAUCACAUCAGAUCCUUUUUAUGUGACCAAACUGAUGGUUUGUUUGCUUUUCUUUUUUUUUUUCUUUGUACUGUUGAAGCUUUUCUACUUUUUGUGAUUAAAACUCGGUCACAUGUGGAAGCGGCAGAAGAAAUUAAGCAACAUGUUUGUCUUUGAUUUCUUCACUUGUUUUGGAUGUGAAAGUUUUCUCUGCUGGAAAACUGAGCACCUUUACUUUUUAUCCUGUGUGUUUUUCUGUCCUCCACUGGAGGCAGAAAAUGAAAUAAAUGUGAUUAUGUCAUCAGAACUUGUUUGAUACUCAGAGAUGUGAACUUUUUUACUGCCAGGUUGUUGUGGUGAUUCUAAAUAAAUUGUAAUGUACAAAAGAAAGUAUUGAUUUAUUUCCAUUAAUCGGUGUAAAUGUGAAAAUUGUACACAGGUUGACACAUUUCAGCUGUUUGUUGAUUCUGUAACAAAUGAAAAAUUAAAGUAGAAUCAACUUGUUUUGA